AAGGACAGCGCGGGAGCCAAGCAAAUCCCGGCAGGAAAUUCCAAUCAGGAGCAGAAAGGAGCCCCCGGGACCAUCAGCCCAGCCCAGCGGCACUGCCUUUUUCGUAGUGCCGCCGCCAUCACUUGCAACCUCGAGCCCUACUUCGGACGCUUCCCGGAGGAAAGCUCACGACAAACCAAGCAACUCCCCCUCCCGCCCCCAAAUAUCGGGGAAAGAGGCUGGCAGUUGCCGCCGGAGGGAGGAGCCAGAGGGCGGGCCUGGCGGAGGGCGAGAGAGAGAAAGAGAGAGACAGAGAGAGAACGCGUGAGCGCUCGCCGCCGCGGAGAAGACAAAGGGAAAGCGCCUCCUCGGCACCGCCCGCGUGGAGGCUGCGGCGUCGGGCGAUGGGCAAGGCGGGAGAGGGGUAGCCAGCCAGCCAGCCUAUGCCAGGCGCCGCUCUCCCCGCUCCCGAAAGGCGAGCAGAGGAUUCCCAGGCGGUUAUCCCCGCUGCCCCGGACCCAAGGCUGGAGGAUGGCUCCGCCGCCUUCCAGAGAUGAAGCUUCUGUGGGCGAGCCCUGAUCUCGGCGCUGGAAGUGACGAUAAAGAGUUCCUGUCAUCCCUGUCCUUGGCCCCCCAAAGCUCUGACCUAGCAAUGGGAAGGAGUUGGGCUGGGUGCUGGUGUUACUGGUCGUGUCACUCAAGAACUCAGGAACUUCAAGAAGAGAAUACAGGCCAUGCUCACGAACUCCCCCAGCACUCUCCUUUCCUCCGCUGGGCUCCAUUAGGGGCAAGAACUCCCCCUUCUCCAUAAAAGGCCCAGCCUUGUCGCUGCAUCCAAUCAACUGUUUCCAUGGCAACGGCUGCAAAUCGCACAGAGGAGGCUGUUUGACUAGAAGAGGCAGAAGCUGCUGCAGCGCCCAGGCCUUGGCCGACCAUUCCACGGACACGCACUGAGGUCCUGCCAGGGGUGGAACUUGUGCCAUAUCUGGAAAAGGUGAGAAGACACACACACAAGCGAAGCUGAGGGACGCUUUGUGAUUCUGCCAACAUGACUGGGCAUCCAGCGACACAGGGACAAGGCCCUUUGCAGAAGUGAGGCUGGUAUUCCCUCUUUGCAGAAGCAAUCGGAGACAGAGCGAGCGUCUUCCCAACACCAUCUUGACUCCCAAAUCCAGCUGGAGGUGCAGAACACCUGUUUCAAAACCCAUCGAGAGAAACUUCUAGGGCACUCCACCAGUUCCCAGGAGCAAAGAUGGUGAUGUCCCAUGGCACCUACACCUUCCUUACCUGCUUUGCUGGUUUCUGGCUGAUCUGGGGCCUCAUCGUGUUGCUAUGCUGCUUCUGUAGCUACUUGCGGCGACGCAUGAAACGGCGACAAGAAGAGCGGCUGCGGGAGCAGCAUUUACGCACGCUGGAGAUGGAACCCCUACACUAUGAGGGUUAUGGGGGCCCUGCCUAUGGCGGCUCAGGCUAUGGAGCUGGCUAUAUCCGAAGCCCACCAGGCAUUGCUGUGCCCCACCGACUCCGCAUUGAGCCCCACCGUCCUCACCUCCCACCCCCAAGGCCUUGGAGCUGCAGGCAUGAGCCAGAUCCAUCCAAGCCGCCCUGCUAUGAGGAAGCUGUGCUGAUGGCUGAGCCCCCACCGCCUUACAGUGAAGUCCUGACAGACACACGUGGCUUGUACCGCAAGAUCAACACUCCCUUCCUGAGCCAUGAGCAGCCGGAGAAGCAGGAGCAGCCACCCAGUUAUAAGCCCCUUUUCCUGGAUCGGGGCUACGGCUCAGCUCUUCACCUGCCAAGUUCUGCCAGCCGGGGCCCCACCUGCACCAGCCUCUACUUGGAGUCAGAGCACUCGCAGCGCAUCUUCCCCAGCUGGACAGACUCAGAACUCAGCACCAGAGACAGCUAUGAGCCUGGGCCUUGGCAUCUGCCCGUCUCAAUGCCUUUGUUUGGCAGGACUACGGCAGUUUAGCGUGCCCUGCUGCAGCCAUCUGUGCGGGACUGUAGAUUGCUGCCGGAAGCUGGAGACGGCCAGCUGGUAGCCGUGGGAGCCACCAAGGCCCUUAGUCCAAGCCUUCCAGCCAUGUCAGGGCCACAGGCCUUCACAGGGCAAAGAUCCCCAUCAUCACUAUUGACCUCUUGGCCAGGAUGAGAAUGGGGCUGGUCUCCCCAUCUCACCCACUUUCCUUUUACUGGGCCCACUCCAGGCUCUGUUGGUGCUGACUGUAAGGGGGCCUCUGGCUUGGCCUAAACUUUGUUUCCUAUUUUUUGUUUGUUACAUUUUGACAAUAAUAAAGUUUGUGGAACUUGA